AUGGGCUGCUUCACAUUCGUCAAAUUGAUGAUGGUCUUGUUCAACUUGCUUAUCUUCCUGGGCGGCCUCACCCUGGUCGCCAUGGGGAUCUGGGUGAGCGUGGACGGGAGCUCCUUCCUGCAGCUGCUGGGCCCGUUCUCCAGCCAGGCCAUGCAGUUCGUCAACGUGGGCUUCUUCAGCAUCGCCAUCGGGGUCGUGCUGGUGCUGCUGGGGCUGCUGGGCUGCUGCGGCGCCCACAAGGAGAGCAAGUGCCUGCUGCUCACGUUCUUCUGCAUCGUCCUCAUCAUCUUCAUCGCUGAAGUGGCAGCAGGAGUCGUGGCUCUGGCCUACGCCUCAUUCGCCGAGGGGAUCCUCAAAGCGUGGGCGACCCCCGCUCUACAGAACGAUUACGGCAGUGAGCCUGUUGUCACGACGACCUGGAACACCACGAUGACCGAGCUGAAAUGCUGCGGAUUCACCAACUACACCGACUUCGUGGGCUCUUCGUUUGAGAAGGAGAACGGAGGCAGCCUGCCGCCCGCCUGCUGCUGGACUCGCAGCGCCCCCUGCAGCCCAGACGAGGCCGAGCGCAGCAAUGUGCAGGGCUGUUUCCAACAAAUCCUGGAUACGCUCAAAAAACACGCCAACAUCGUGGGAGGCAUCGCAGCAGGAGUCGGAGUCUUGGAGAUCGCCGCCAUGAUCGUGUCCAUGUACCUGUUCUGUCACCUGGACAGCCGGGUGAGCUGA